CACAGAGAUAGCAGGGGGCAGAUGACUCUCCAAGGACAGCAGAACCUAUAACUUGAGAGAGGAGAAUACCCACCCACGGAAAGAGCCCCUGCAGCACAAGGGGGCGGCACAGGAGCUUUAUUCACCUACGGAUAAAAGGCUUUAAACUUUACACACACUCUGCAAACAUGAUCCGGAGAUAAGUCACGUGCUCUGCUCUACCCUCAGCUGCCCAGCAAGUGAGCACCUAGAGGUUCAUUGCACCUUUCAGAAAGAUUUCCAGGAACAGCCCAAUAAAAUGAGGAUGCGGCAGAUUCUCAUCUUCUGAGCAACACAUUUUGUCCAACUGAGACCUCCUCCCGGACUUCAGCUCCCUGAAGAGUAAAUAACAGUGAUCUGAUGGAUCCCGCUGUCCCUAGCACAGGACACUGAGCCUCCGAUAGAUAUGACCCAGAGACCCAUCCUCUUCACCAGACAUCUCCUCUGGAUCCUGCUGGCCCCUCCUCUGAUGGCGGUUGCUGGCUGCAAUGACGCAGUUUUUGCUCAAGUUUUAGACGAGAUCUGUCUGACAUCAUUCAACACAGAGAUGGAGGUGAUAGGGGAAAAGCUGUGGUGUGAUUGGGGAAAAACCUUUGGGAUCUAUGCAGACCUCACAAACUGUACCGUCCUCCUGGCUGAAGAACUGGACUGUUUUUGGCCCAACAAAUACGUGAAUGAUUUCUUCACAGAAAUCCACAAAAACUACUUUAAUAGCUGCUCUCUGACGGGAAGGCUGCCUGCUGACCCCCCAUUUCCAAUCCUCUGCUCCUUUAUCCUUAUUCCCAUCUUUGUAACCCUCAUCAUGACAGCACUUGUUGUGUGGAGAAGCAAGCGGAGUGAAGGCAUUGUUUGACAUGAAAGACCAGAUUAUCCCCCCCAAAACCCCAUCUAGUUUCUGCAGAGUUUAUAUUCUCUUCCUGAGUGGAGUAAAAGCCUUCAGAUUCAGGCCAAGAAGAUGUAUAGCAGCGAUUAGAAGAGAUAAAGAUGGCCUCUAUCCACACUGCCUACUGAUAUUUUUCUUCCUCUUGGGAAGAAGGUUCAAACAAGCAUGGCUACCUUGGUAAAAGUGACAGUACAGCCCAUGUUGGGCAUAGACAAAAGGGAAAACGGCUUGAAAGACUUCAUUAUUGAGUGAAACAUAAAAUAUGGAAAUGAAGGAACUAAAAUGUACCAAAAAUGCUGGGUGCAGUUGAACCUUCCCUCAGCUGAGAGGAAAUCUGUUGUUUUUUAUUUUCUUGAGAAACUAUUAUAUGCUAAAAUGUUGGCAUUGUUCUGUCAUUUCUAAGUAUUUUGAAUGAAUCUAGCAAAAUGGAAGGUGCUUUUCUGAUGCUCAGUACAAUUUUAAAGUACCACUAUGUAUAUUAGAGGCAAUUAGUGUAUUCCUGUUUGAAGAAUAGACAAUGUGCUCAAAAUCACUAGAUGUGGUAGCAGGUUUAUGUAAAGAUUUGUCUGUGACAGGUGCAGUAUUUCUCUGCAUUGUCCUCUGCUAUAUUUCUGCCUCCAUAGUUACAGUAAUAAGUGCCAAACCUCUCAGCUCACGCUAAACAUGCUGAACUAUAAGAAGCAUCACAAGGAAAUCUAUCUUUCCCAGACUUAAAAUAUUAGAGACUCAGGAUUAAUUCCUGGGCUUGCUAGUCAUCAUCACCCACAUAAAUUCCAGAACUGUACAUCCUCUUGUGAUAACCACAAGUAGACACCCAUAAAAGUGUUUUAUUUUCAAACCUCUUCAUUAUAGUUCCAUAUGGUCUGAUAUAUAGGGUAUAUAUUUUGAAGGUUAUUUUUUUAUAAUAAAUAAGAUAUAUAUUUAUAUUACAUGAAAAGCAUUACCAUUUUACAGGCACACUAUUCCUGCUUGAAAUAUGUUUUAGAAAAUCUCUGAGUGUUUUAUUUUUUAGUUAGAAAGUGUUUGUUUUGGUCAUUUAAGAUAAAAAAAAAUAAUAAUAAUAAAUUUAAUUUUAUGAACCUAUUUGCCCCAAUAAAAAAAAUAAAAAAAUGUCCAUGUAAUGUAUGUUGUGUUGUAACAUACCUUAAGCCUUCCCCACAGGACACUGCCUAUUUUAUCCUUUCUGAGACAGGAUACAAAUCUUGUCUAUCUGAUCUAGAAAUAAGUUGUGCCAAAAAAUAUUUUGAUGCUUGGAAAUAAGUGUCAGAAUGUGAGUGUAUCUAGUAAUGCUGAGAGCUGUGAUAUUCACAUACAGAAAUUAUUUAAUAUCAUUAAAUACUUCUCUAUAAACACAA